GACAACAGUCAGGUUCAGCCUUUUCCACAGGAAGUGGUCUGCACCUUCAAUAUUUCUUGUACGCUCUUCUGCCUGUACAUCGAUGGCAGAACGAAAGUGUGCGAUAUGGACUGAGGUGGUUUUGUGACAGUUCAGCUGCAAAGACUAACCAAAUAAAAGAGGGUGGUCCUGUGGUCCUCCCAUGAUGCACUGUGGGCUUCAAAGCCAGCACGACGACACCACCGUCAACACUGUUGCUCGAUGUUAACAAUGAAAGGUCUUGAGGGGAUUCUGCUGUUGUGUCUGGGGUUUGUGUCUUCAAGCUACGGACUUUGCUCCAACACAUCCUGUGGAGAACAUUUCUAUUCCUGUGACACCAGCACACUCAGCGCUCCUCUCGGCUCGUCUGUUCUACUUCCAUGUACCUUCACGACAAGCUCUCACACGGUGGUGGAGUGGAAACACACCGCUGGGGGAAACCUGCUCCGUUUGAUGCCUAACGGUCAAGUGACGUUUCUGCUCCCCAGAGGAGGCAGAGUCAAGGUUUUUCCGAACCAGAGUUCCAGAGGAAAUUACUCAGUCAGAAUUGAUGAACUGCUGACCUCUGACCUGGGCUGUUACUGUUGUGUGAUGGGGGAGAUGUCGAACUGUCACCAGGUGGAAAUGGUUGUUGCGACAGAUACACUGAUGAAGACCAAGUGGCUUCUGAUUUCCAUCUGUGUGGGCGUGACGUCUUUCAUCACGCUGAGUAUCUGCAGCUACUUUCUUUACAGAAGCAGAACCAAGAACAGCCGUGUCAUCUGUACAGAUGGCUGGGAGCUGCCUGUACAACCACACAGAACGGCAGCUGGAAAUCAACAGAAAGGAGUGGACAACGAUCUAGUUUAUGAGAACGAUGACCAAGCCGCGGCUCGCCACACAGGUGAUCCCACCACCUCAGCAUAUCCUGGACAACAUCCUGGACAGACGAGAAGGUCGGCUCAGAGGACCAGAGUUUAUCAAAACUUGGAGCCGGAGUUAAACUUUAAGCAAAGAUUUCACAUAGAGUUAUUCAACAGAUUGAGAAACGCAAGUCGUCGUUACUAUGUAAACCAAAGUGAAUUUCAGAGGCAAGGACGCGCUCAACAACGUAGACAAGAUUACUAUUUUCCAAACCCAGUUUACGAGAAGCGCACACAGCAGAGCCAUCACCUGUAAAGAAAAAGAAGCGCUUCAUCAGCUGUUGGGAUAUUUUAUGUCAAGAAAUACUCCAGAGGGACAGCUAACGAUUUUUCAGUGAAGGCAAUAUUAAACGCUUUGCACGCAUUUACAGUAAGAGCAUAACAAGUAAACGUGUUAAACAAGCUGUGUAGCUGUGAACUGUGCUACACAAAAAUAAAGAUUUUCACUGCAUAAUAA